AAACACAAACACAUACAACAUAUUCAUUUGUAAAACCCUAACUAACAGCCUAUUCGAUUCUCUCUUGAAAUGAUGUCCAUGAAGUUGAUCGGAAGCAUAUGGCUAGUGAUGGCCAUGGCAACCGUAGCCCAAGCGGAUAACGCUGCGGUGCUCGACACCACCGGGCAGGCUCUUCAAUCCGGUGUAGACUACUACAUCAAACCCGCCAUCACCGACAACGGCGGCCGUUUCACUUUGAUCGACCGAAACAACUCGUGUCCUUUAUAUGUUGGUCAAGAGAACACCUCAGGCCCCGAGGGCUUCCCGGUGAUCUUUGCGCCUUUCGAAGAGGGCGAGACGGUGGUGAGAGAGGGUAGGGAUCAGAAAAUCACAUUCUCUGCAUCCACAACCUGUGUGCAAUCGACUACAUGGAAGCUGGGUGAGAAGCAAGCCGAGACCCAGAGGAGGUUGAUUGUCACCGGAAGUGAUGAAGUCGAAAGCCCGCGUGGUGCUACCAGUAACUACUUCAAGAUUAACAAACAGGCAGAUUUUGAUGGCAUCUACUAUCUGCAAUGGUGCCCUACUGAAGUGUGCCCGAUUUGUAAGUUCAUCUGCGGAAAUGUGGGUGCUUUGGUUGAGAAUGACAAGAGGUUGUUGGCCUUGGAUGGCUCUGUGCUUCCUGUUGUCUUUGAGAGGGCUUAAAUUACAGAGCAGCUGAACCUGCUCUAGCUAUUAGUCUCAUGAAUAUAUGAGAGGAUCAUGAGUAGCUAGAUCUUAAUAAGAAUCUCUUCAUCUAAUGUGAUGGCAUCAUACAUGGUGCAUUCGUUGAUAUUAGUUAUCAUUUCUAUUAUGAAUAAAUUAAUAAAUAAGAUUGACAAAUUUGAUAUUUCGUUUACAUAU